UGGAGGCGGGUAGGAGGAAGCUUCGUGCUUGAGCCUCCUCAGGGGGUGAGGAGCAAGGCGAUCGUGCACUUCCUGGGUGGAGCGUUCGUGGGGGCAGCGCCGCACCUGUCGUACAAGUACAUGCUGGAAGAGAUGUCGAGCAAGGGGCUAGUCGUAGUCACGACUCCUUUCGAGCUUGAGUUCAACUACGUGGAUGUAUGCGCAAAGUUGUUGAGGAGGAGCGAGGAGGCGGUGGAGGAGGUCAGGGGGAAGUUCCCCUCCCUCCCUGUUCAUGCCGUCGGGCACUCGUGCGGGGCACUCUUGCAGAUGAUCCUGUCGACUAUGUUCGCCGAGGAAUGGAAGAGAGACUCUCUGGUGCUGGUCUCCUGGAACAACAAGCCCGCGAAAGACUCGAUCCCACAGGUAAGAGGAGAUCUCAUUGAAAGAAUUGCUGAUGGAACCAACGAAUUCACUCCUUACCCUCCCGAUCUGAAUGAUUUCCUUCAGUCCUCCUACUCGAUUCGCAAGACCCUCAUUGUGAGCUUCUCGGACGAUACACUGGAUGAGAGCGACAUCGUUGAGGUCAGAAAGAGGAGG